CGCCGUUUCGUCCCCCCGCCCUCGCCCCACGCCCACGCCUCGUUGCCUUGACGCUUCUCUCUUCACGUCCUGCCCAUCACGGCGAUCGUUGCGAGCCCCACCGACUCGCAAGCUUGUAGCGCACCAUGAUCGUCAUCCCUCUGUCACGGCCGGACGAGGCGCCCUUGCCUCCUGCCACUCGCGGCGGUGCAGCAUCGUCGUCCGCCACGCCAGCAGCUGCCAACGGCCGACCACGCAGGCAUCGUAAGCAGGACGUUGCAGCAUCAGCAUCAGCGGAUCCCUCCCCUCGAUGCACGCCAUCAUCAUCGUCUACCGCUUCGUCGUCACGCCAACCUACCCCAGACACGCCCGCUAUCCCGCCAUCAUCGACGUGCAGCAGCGCCCCUCACCGAGACCUCGCCCGCGUAUGGGAGGCCGUCAGCUCAUCACGACGCAUCGUCGUAGUAACAGGCGCAGGCAUCUCCGUCUCUGCUCCGGCUAACAUCCCGGACUUUCGAUCCUCGACGGGCCUGUUCAAGACGCUGAAAGAGCAGCAUCCAAAUGCAGGCCUCUCAAGCGGCAAGGAUCUAUUUGACGCUCGUCUCUUUCAGAGCGAGGCGAACACGGCACUGUUUUACUCGAUGAUCGCACAGCUUCACGACAUGACGCUAGCUGCUCAGCCGACGCUGUUCCACCAUUUGAUAAAGCGACUCGACGAGCAGGGAAGACUGCAGCGCGUCUACACGCAGAAUAUCGAUGCCCUCGAGGAGCGAGCGGGGCUUACAUUUGGGCUGGGCAAUGGGGCGCGCAAAACGUUCCAGCGUACUGCGAGUCUGGGGAAAAGGAAGAGAUUGGCCGCAGCGGCGGCAGCUGCAGCAACCACAGAUUCGUCGAGCGACGCUCCACGUCCUCGCUGGAACAAGACGCAGAGCGCCCCCGUCACGCCUCACCUCUUUGGCCGCGACGAUUCCGAGCCCGCCACCGCCAUGUUUCCCCGCGUCAUCCCGCUACAUGGCUCCCUUGCCCAUCUGGUCUGCACGGCGUGCGACUUCCGCCUCUCUACCUUGCCCACUCCCACGCCGCAGGUGCAGGCGGCACUCAAGGAACUCUCCAGUGGGGAGACACCAAGCUGCCCUGCUUGCUCCGAGAGAGACGGCGUGCGAAUUGCCGCAGGGUUGCGAUCGCGCGGAAUCGGCUUCUUGAAGCCGGACGUCGUGCUCUACAAUGGGGACAAUAAGAGUGGCGAGAGGGUAGGGGAGUGCUUGGAGCGAGAUGUGUUGGGUUUGAGGGACAGGCUGGAUGGACAGGUGCCCGAGACGUACGCGGAGGAGAGGGCGAGGGUGAGGAGGGAGGACAAGGCGCAGGCCACCAAGAUGCACGUAGGCGCGGCCGAGAAGCACGUAGACGCGGCGGCGGAUGCGCAUGCGGCGACCUCGAUGAGCAUCUCGGACAGCAAGGAUUCGCUGGCAGAGGAUGUGUUGGGUCAAGUCUUUGAGGACGACGAGGAAGAAGACAAGGCUCUGGUGGCGAGUGAGCUCAUCUCCACCGGUAUCUCUGCAAGCCCUACUGCCAAGCUCUUUGAGGGUGUGCGAGCCAAGCGUUCGCUGCAGCGUGCGACGACGCAGCCCGCCUCCGCCUUCGCCGGCCCCAGCGCCAGUGCCAGUACCAGCAAGAAGACAACCUCCGCCGCAGCCACGAAGCCCCUCAAGCCCCUUCCUCCCGACCUCCUCAUCGUAGCGGGCACGUCGCUCAAAGUCCCCGGCACGAAGCGUGUGGUGCGCGAGUUUGCCAAGGCUGCGCGUGCACGAGAUGGCAUUAUACCCAAGGGGUGCGCGUCUGGCUCCAAGGCGUCGCGGGAGAAUAGCAAGACUCCCUCUUCUCACUCGAAUUCGAGGUCAGGGUCGUGGGAGUCUACAGCGCCGAGUGAGGCGGGCAGCGACGACGACGACGAUAAUGAGGAUGAUGAGGACGAGCUGGAGGACGGCACGGACCCCUCGCGCCCUAUCCGAACCAUUCUACUCAACUACGACUUCCCUGUUCCCUCCAAAGAGUGGGAGGACAUCUUCGACGUGUGGGUGCAGGGAGACGUGCAGGCUGCUGCGGGUGGACUGUGGGGGGCUUCAAGUGGUUACGGGUCCGGAAACUCGAUUGUCAACACCAGCUCUGCGGGUGGCGUAGGAGCUGGCGAGGAGGAAGACAGCAUCAGCGGCGUUCGCAGCUGGGAUCUAGCCCUCGAGGAGCUCGAGGAGACGCGGAAUGAGCUCAAGAAGGCGGAACGCGCUGAGAAGAGGGCGCGGUCGCAGAAAGAGAAGGAGGUGGAGGAGGGUGGCGGUGAUGAGAGUAUGAGUAGUGUCACGACGGCGCGCAAAGGUGGUGCGAGGAGGAAGAGCGCGGUCAAAAAGGAGGGCGGAGAAGAGGAUGAGAGCGACCACUCCAAGCCUAGACUAAGCCCCACGGUCUUGAUUCCCAAGAUGAGCAUCUCGGAAGGCGGCGCGACAAUGAGCAAGGCGAAGGGCAGGAGCGCGAAGAACCUCGCCCCCUCGGCCAAGACCAAUGGCGGGGUCGACGCUAUGUUCCCUCCAGCGAAGCGGGCUACUGGCGCCGCGGCUGGAGCGAAGGGUGCGAAGCCGGCAGCGAAGCCCGCAACGAUGACGGCAAGAGCUAGGAAGGUCAGUACGGGUAGCGCGGGGCGCAAGGCGUCUACUGCCAAGGCUCCGUAGCAGAUGCAACCCAACGUACACUGCCCCUCAUGCUCACUGCCACGCUUUGCAAACGAAUGUACGACCGAAUGACAUCCACACUAGCAUACGCG